ACCAUAGCGGUGGUCGACGACAGCGGGCGAUCGUCGCGCCGCCAGUGUCUCGCGGUUCAUCGAUCAGUGUGGUGUGUGUCUGUCGCGUUGUUGUUCCGGGGAGAGAUUUUUUUCUAGUGGUGGUUUAUUCCUCUGCCUGACUAUAUCCGUCGCGGCGUUUUACCGGGGAUUUCUCCGUUGGUCCACGCCGUUCACGCCGCGAGACUCGUGCGUGCGCGCUGAUACGGAGCACGGGCGCCGUCGUCGUCGCGGGGCCCAUCCGAGACCUCACUACCGGGAGAAAGAUGCGACUAAGGAUACACUGGGUUCUGGUUAGCACGGCUGUGGUGAUCCUCGCGGGAUGCAACGCUGCUACCGAGAAGGAACCAAGCGACAAGCAGAGGACAUCGGCGAGCUCGACUUACAACACGUUCCCGGAUGAUCUCUAUCUGGAUGACCAGGACGCCUUAGAAGGCUCCGGCCGAGGCGGCGGCGACAAUCGCGACGACCUCGAGGCUUCGGGUAGCGGCCUCGGUCCUGACGACGAGGACGGCGACGAUGAUCACGAAUUCAAUGGUAACAAUGGACUAGAAGUGCCGAGCAAGCCGACCGAGGCGAGACCGCCGUACCUCAUCGACGAGACAAACACUAAAACUAAACAACAGACGACCAUCGACGCGGUAAACCGACCCGGCAACGAAGUCGACGUAAUCGAGCCCUCGGGUGCCGAAGACGAUCACGACGACAACACCGACGACACCCGCGAAGUUUACAUCAUGAAUCCGAAACACGAGGACCGCGCCAGCUCAUUCUUCGCGCAGCCGGGCGUGCUAGCCGCUGUGAUUGGCGGCGCAGUGGUGGGCCUUCUGUGCGCGAUACUGGUGGUCAUGUUUAUCGUGUACCGGAUGCGCAAGAAGGACGAGGGCUCGUACGCGUUGGACGAGCCUAGGAGAUCACCGGCGGCGCAGGCUUUCCCUAAACCGGGCGCGCCUCAUCACAAUCGGGAAUUCUACGCUUGAGAUGGCAGCUCUCUCGCGAUCGCACGAUGCUAAGAGCCGAGUUAAGGCACCGUUCGACCACCACCGAAUUGACACGCGCGCCACUGACCACGACGAUGACUA